CAUGAAUAAGGAACCGGUUGAACAAAGAAGAAAAGAAUCUGUAAUUUUCCUGCUAUCGACUUUCCAAAGGGAUCAAACCAGUGCUAAAAAAAGUCUGGUCCUGGAAUGAUCUGUCCCCAGUAUUAUUUACGCUGGAAGAAUAAAAGGCCUGCCCAUUGGCAGAUGGUGUCCUCAUUCGACUUGGCUUCCUUUGGGAGAGGCUAAUUGUGGCAGGCAGGCAGUAUGUCAAAUGGGAACGAGUCCUGCAUGUUUGGUGAUAGAGAUGAUUUUCUAGCCUGCCUCUUUCACACAUUUGAGGAAUGGUCAGGACUAGGACCUCUGGAAGACUAUCUGAGCUAUCUGGAGUACCUGGCCUGGGUUUUCACCCCUCUGGUUGUCGUUUUCAUCUUGCCCUUCCUCAUUGUGAUCUUCCUCUACCUUUCCAUCCUCUUCCUCCAUGUGUACAAACACAAGAACCAGCUCAGGGAGGCCUACUCCAACAACCUGUGGGAUGGUGCUAGAAAAACACUGGCAACGUUAUGGGAUGGCCACGGGUUCAUCUGGCACGGAUAUGAAAUCCAUGGUAUGGAGAAGAUUCCCGAUGAAGGAGCAGCUCUUAUAGUCUAUUAUCAUGGGGCUAUUCCCAUUGACUAUUAUUACUUUCUGGCAAAGGUCCUCAUUCAAAAGGGACGGAUUGUUCACUCAGUCGCUGAUUACUUUCUGUUCAAAGUUCCAGGGUUCAAGCUGCUGUUGGAGGUGUUCAGUGUCAUCCACGGGCCCCAGGAGGAGUGUGUGAAGGCCCUAAAAAGUGGCCACCUCCUGGGCAUCUCACCUGGAGGCGUGAGGGAAGCCCUCCUCAGUGACGAGACCUAUCCACUGCUCUGGGGGAAGAGAAAGGGCUUUGCACAAGUGGCUAUCGAUUCCAAAGUGCCAAUAAUUCCGAUGUUUACUCAAAACGUCAGGGAAGGAUUCCGAUCUCUCGGAGGAUUAAGCUUUUUCAGAUGGUCGUAUGAAAAGUUCCGCGUGCCGAUGGCCCCCGUCUAUGGGGGUUUUCCUGUGAAGUUUCGUACAUACCUAGGCAACCCAAUCCCAUACAACCAUAACAUUAGUGCAGCAGAAUUAGCUGAAAAGACACAGCAAGCAGUUCAAGCACUCAUUGACAGACACCAAAUAAUUCCUGGGAAUGUCCUUCGAGCAUUACUAGAGCGAUUCCACAGCAGGCGUAAAGACAAAUAAAUAUCCUUUUGAAUAGCCUUUUGUUAGUUAAAUGAAGCAGUUCCUUGUUUUUAAGACAAACUGUUAAGAGUAUUAUCAGGUGAUCAAUUGAAUGUUUAACUGAUUCCCGGUUUCUGUUAUUUCACUAUAUUAGUACUUUUUACACUCAAUUUGUCACAAACCAAGUACAGAAAAUAAGGUAAAUUGUAAAGGUGUCAUAUAGCCUACAACUGUAAUUAUAAUGGUUCAUGUCAAAUGUGCAAAUUGAAGACAUUUGUGCAUUGUUGUAUGAUCCCACAAUUGAUUUGCACAAAUUGUUAAAUUGUUAAAAGUUCCACUGGCUUUUGCUUAACAACUGUAAAUAUUGGAACAAUAUAGCAAUUGAUAUACAUGGAACAAUAUAGGUAUGGCGACUGGGCUGUUUUAUUUUCUUUAAUCUGUGUACAAUGUUAGCCUUUUGAUUGAAAUAAUUAUAUCAUUUCUUUAAUUUGGGGAUUUUGUACAUUGUAUUAUGUAGGUAUGUACUGUAGCCUAUGCACUUUUUAAAACCUAUUGAGGUCCAUUGUCAGUGUGAUUCAAGACGGAAAUUAUUUGUAAUGUUACAAAAAACAUGUUUUAAUGAGUUUUGCUGGUUACAAGUAAUUCCUUUAAAAAUACUGAACAAAUUUAAACAACAUAUGAAGUGUUGGUCCCAUGAACUGCAAUAAAAUAAAAUAAAUGUUCUAUAUGUACAAAAAAAAAAAUUUACAACCCUGUUAGUGAGCAUUUCUUAUUUGCCAAGGCAAUCUAUCCACCUGACAGGUGUGGCAUACCAAGAAGCUGAUUAAAUAGCAUGGUCAUUACACAGAUGCACCUAAAGGCCACUCUAAAAUCUGCUGUUUUGUCACAAAACACAAUGCCUCAGGUGUCUCAAGUUUUGAGGGAGUGUGCAAUUGGCAUGCUGACUGCAGGAAUGUCUACCAGAACUGUUAAUUUCUCUACCAUAAGCUGCCUCCAACGUCUUUUAGAGUUUGGCAGUUCAUCCAACCAACCUUACAACCGCAGACCACAUGUAUAGUGGUGUGUGGGUCAGCGGUUUGCUGAUGUCAACGUGAACAGAGUGCCCGGUGGUGGUGUGGUUAUGGUAUGAGCAGGCAUAAGCUACGGACAACAAACACAAUUGCAUUUUAAUGCACAGAAAUAUUGUGACGAGAUCCUGAAGCUUAUUGUGAGGCCCAUUUUUUUUUAAGGUGUCAGACCAAGAGAUGCAUAUCUGUAUUUCCAGUCAUGUGAAAUCCAUUGAUUAGGAACUAAUUAAUUUAUUUCAAUUGACUGAUUUCCUAUAACUGUAAAAUCUUUGAAAUUCUUGCAUGUUACAUUUUAUAUUUUUGUUCAGUACUCUAAAAUGCAAGACAGCCAUUCCAAGAUACAGUAUUUGGGAAGUGGUUUCAAACAAUAUACAUUUUUCGUUAAUAAAACCUCUGGGUAACUUUUCUGUCACUUUCAUGUGACAACAUUGAGAAAUGACACUUUGCUACAAUGUAAAGUAGUGAGUGUACAGCUUGUAUAACUCUAAAUUUGCUCAACACACAGCCAUUAAUGGCUUAACCGCUGGCAACAAAAGUGAGUACACCCCUAAGUGAAAAUGUCCAAAUUGGGCCCAAUUAGCCAUUUUCCCUCUCCAGUGUCAUGUGACUCGUUAGUGUUACAAGGUCUCAGGUGUGAAUGGGGAGCAGGUUUGUUAAAUUCAGUGUCAUCGCUCUCACACUCCCUCAUACUGACUGGUCACUGGAAGUUCAACAUGGCAAAGAACUCUAUGAGGAUCUGAAAAAAAUCAUUGUUGCUCUACAUGAAGAUGGCCUGGGCUAUAAGAAGAUUGCCAAGACCCUGAAACUGAGCUGCGGUUUAACUGAACAGGCCUCGCCAUGGUCGACCAAAGAAGUUGAGUACACGUGCUCAGCGUCAUAUCCAGAGGCUGUAUUUGGGAAAUAGACGUAUGAGUGCUGCCAGCAUUGCUGCAGAGGUUGAAGGGGUGGGGGGUCAGCCUGUCAGUGCUCAGACCAUACGUCGUACACUACAUCAAAUUGGUCUGCAUGGCUGUCGUCCCAGAAGGAAGCCUCUUCUAAAGAUGAUGCACAAGAAAGCCCUCAAACAGUUUGCUGAAGACAAGCAGACUAAGGACAUGGAUUACUGGAACCAUGUCCUGUGGUCUGAUGAGACCAAGAUAAACUUAUUUGGUUCAGAUGGUGUCAAGUGUGUGUGAUGGCAACCAGGUGCGGAGUACAGAGACAAGUGUGUCUUGCCUACAGUCAAGCAUGGUGGUGGGAGUGUCAUGGUCUGGGGUUGCAUGAGUACUGCCGGCACUGGGGAACUACAGUUCAUUGAGGGAACCAUGAAUGCCAACAUGUACUGUGACAUACUGAAGCAGAGCAUGGUCCCCUCCCUUCGGAGACUGGGCCGCAGGGCAGUAUUCCACCAUAAUAACGACCCUAAACACACCUCCAAGACGACCACUGCCUUGCUAAAGAAGCUGAGGGUGAAGGUGAUGGACUGGCCAAGCAUGUCUCCAGACCUAAACCCUAUUGAGCAUAUGUGGGGCAUCCUCAAACGGAAGCUGGAGGAGUGCAAGGUCUCUAACAUCCACCAGCUCCGUGAUGUCAUCAUGGAGGAGUGGAAGAGGACUCCAGUGGCAACUUGUGAAGCUCUUGUGAACUCCAUGCCCAAGAAGGUUAAGGCAGGGCUGGAAAAUGAUGGUGGUCACACAAAAUAUUGACACUUUGGGCUCAAUUUGGACAUUUUCACUUAGGGGUGUACUCACUUUUGUUGCCAGCGGUUUUGACAUUAAUGGCUGUGUGUUGAGUUAUUUUGAGGGGACAGCAAAUUUACACUGUUAUACAAGCUGUACCCUCACUACUUUACAUUGUAGCAAAGUGCCAUUUCUUCAGUGUUGUCACAUGAAAAGAUGUACUCAAAUAUUUACAAAAAUGUGAGUGGUGUACUCACUUUUGUGAUAUACUGUAAGUCAAAUGUAACUAAUGUUUAAGUUCACUGUAACGUGUAGCCUAUGCUAAAACCACUUAGUGUAUUUUUUUGUACUAACCUGUCAAAUAAAAACACUGCCCACUGAUGCCAAUCCAAAGGUGAGAAUUACCUAAAAUUUCCAAUAAAGAAUGAUGGGAUUUAUUCAAUGGCUUUUGGGGGCUAUUUCUCAGCAGACAAACUCCAUAGCACUUACAUCUCACAGUGAUGAGCAACACCACAAACUCAGGCCUGCAGAGAUCUGAGUUAUGGAACAUUGUUGGUAUCCACAUCACAUAUUGUGCAGCUUAUAUCAGUCCAGUACUGUCUAGUUAUGAGGCUUUGACACCUGUACAGCUCUCCCUGUCUGUCCUGAUAUCCUGUUCACCUAUUCACCUCUGGUGGGCUGCAGUAGCCACUGGGUGUGUCCCAAAUGGCACCCUCAUCCAUGUAGUGCAGUACCUUUGGCUAGGGCCCAUAGGGUUAUAGAGUCUGGUCAAAAGUAGUACACUAAAUAGGGAAUAAGGUGCUAUUUUGGGACACAUACAUUGUCAGUGGAUACAGCGUCUUCAAUAAUGAAUGAAGAGGUAAACUGCACCUAUUAUCUAGUAUGUCAUCAUGCAGAAUGUACAUUUUACCCACACAUACCUAUUUGCAUACUGUAUACACACAGUAUUCAAAGCCAAGAAUUCAAUGCACUUAAAUGUAUCGGUGUGUAAAUGUGCUGAUCUUUUGUUCAUUCACUGCCCAUUCUGCAAACACUGCAUUAUAUCAAUAACAAUGCUGUUGGAAUGCUUUAUAACCAGUGGCUCUAGUGAAAUUAUGAGUCAUGGUAUAAUACAUUACCAUUAUACCCAUAUCUUUAGAGUUGCAUGCACAUAAUGUGACAACCUGUGUUACCAAAACACAAAUUAUCUAAGUGGAGGCUGAAGAAAUGGCCACAGUGUACUUUAUUAAAUUAAUUUUGGUACUUUGUGUUGCAUUAGAAUCAAAUAAAAAUAUACAAAAAU